GCCUGCCGGGGCAGGGAAGAGAAACACGGGCCUGGCGUGGUGCUGCACGACAGAGCCGCUCCACUUAUAUGUAUAAAUACAGAUGUCUGUGUGUGCGUUUGCCUUCUAAUCAGACGUAGAAGAAGCCGAGGAGCGAGAGGUGCAACCAACGGCAGGAUUCGGUGCCUCAUCUGAAGUGCGAAGCGGCGUCUCUUCACUCGCCAACGUUUCUCUGCAUCAUACGGUCCGCAACGAAGCACAUCCGUACAGCAGCGGGACAAGAAGGCGUUGUACACACACACACGCACACACACUUGAAGAGAAAAUUGGAAUGAUGACGGACAACUCGGAUGCAGCCAAACUGCUCAGCGAGACGCAGACGUGUUCGCGCUUCAUUGCGGCCGUCUCUGCACGGGAGAUGCCCGACAACCACAACGUCCAAAUUUGUGUCCUCAGUGUCGGCUUUGAUGUGGAAGGCGUCGUGGCGGCGCUGCUGCUGCAGCAACGCAUGCGUCAACGGUCGCGGCGGGUGUACUGCGUCGUCGUGCCGGAGAACCUGCCUCCAGGCAGUGUGAGGCGAAUGGCGAUGGCCAUCGAGCGACACCUGCAGAGGAAAGAGACGGAGAGCGCUACAGGUCUGGAAGCGACGAGGGCUGCCAACGAGUCCGGUGGGCCGGACGCCCCCUCCUCGUCGCUCGCCAAAUCCGCAUCUCCUUCAACGUCCGUCGUGGCCAUCGAGGAGGGCACCGGAACGAAGGAGCGCUGCACCGUCUUCCAGCGCGGUGCGGUCGUCCUGCUAACCAGCCGUUCCCUCUGCGCCGACCUUCUCCACCGCCGUCUCGCCGUGGGGCUGGUCGGGAUGGCCAUACUGAUGCUGCCGCACGCCUUUCUCGGGGGAGGCCGGGUGCAGGACGCGCUGGCUCCCCAGACCGCCUUCUGCGCGGAGCUGCUGCUGCGGGGCGGUGCGAUGCACAUCGCCGGCGUUACAGGCACGGAGCCACGCGCCGCUGUACCGCCGGUGGUGGUGCUGUCGGAUGCGCCGAUGCUGAUGCGGAGCCUCGUGCAGCGCCAUCACAUCGGGACGGAGCGCUUCGUCCAGCAGCUGCACGUGGGGGAUAUUCAACUCUUCCCGCGGUUUCGCCUCGACUUCGUGCGGCACUUCGAGGCGCUGAGCCGCCACGACAAUCCGCGUGGGCGACCGUUGGAGGUGGAUCGAAUCGUCGCCCCCGUCUCGCCGAGCGUGCUCGCCUUGGACGGCUUGCUGGCGAAGAUCGUGCUAGAGACGCUGCAGGAGCUACAACGCCUCGAGCAGCAACAGCAACAGCAGCAGCGUGACGAAUCCAGUGGGGUUGAUCUCAGCACCGGGUCCAACAAGGGGAAUACGAACUGGUCUCCCGCGGCUCGUCGUGCUGCCGCCGCCGCGGAUGCGGACGAAGAUGUUGGUGCGCAGCGCUUCCUUCCCCGAGCGCGCUUCACCGCGACCGCGUCAAACGGACACGUGGAUUACAGCGGAUACCCUCGAAGCAGCGCUAACCGUGGCGAGGCCUCCGCUUCUUCCGCGUACGUCCGCCAAGGCUGGCGGGCGGCGAAGGACGGGAAGGGGAUUUGGUUCAACGGUAUCAGCGAAGCAGCGGCGCUUGCGGUGGACUUCUCAGACCUCGACAGCGACCUGCGCACCGUCGUGCGACGCCACGAACCGCAAUGGCCCUUCCGCGCCUUGACGGAGAGUCUCAUCGAUGUGCGCCGGCUGCGUCGUGCGACACGCGGCACGGCCUUUAGUUUUCUGCUGCAGCUCGAAUGCGUCUUGGAGAAGCGCCAGCCGCAGCGCAGCGUCUACGGCACGGCGGCGCGGCCCCCCGCUGCUCUCUGGACGCUGUCGUCUUCUUUCCACGACGUCGUGACGGUCGCAACGCACCGAAUUGGCACGGUGGUGUACCCGAGCGUUGCGACGGGCAGCAACGGCGGUGCCGCACCACGAUCAAAGCGGCCACCAUCACCCGCUGAGGCUGCCACCGUCGUGGUGGUAGACAGCGGCAGCAGCGAUGGCGACGACGUACGUGCGGUGCAGCCGGCCGACGGAGAUAGAAGUGCCCCGACAGCACAGGCACCGCAGUUGAUGCCGAACACGGAGGAGCAAGAUGCGGAUGUAGAGGUGGUGGUGCGGCUUGCGAUGAGUUGGUGUCGCACGGUACUACGACGGCGUGCGCCACGUCGACAGAGCAGCGCGUCUGUGGUGGUCACUCCCGUGGCGCCCCCGAAGGAUGCACUGACAGCGGCGUCGGAGUUGCUGCAUGCCGACGCGCCGCGCAAGCGAUCUGCCUCGCGCUUUCCUACAUUGCUGCUCCUGACGUUCGGCGCUGGCGCCGUCGUACGGUACACGGAGCGUCUCACGCACGACUGUGACACCUACCAACAGCUGCAGCUCCGUCGCUUUAUGCAAAUCUACCAGGCCAAGUACGGCGUGACGCUGCAGGAGUACACCACGACGGCCGCGGCCGCGAAAGAGAACGAAGGAGGCGCUCGAGGGAGGAAUGCGGAGGGUGAAGCGUCCGCUGUUGCCGUGGAGGAGGAGGAGCAGCAGCAGGAGCUGACGGCGUCGCUCUUCGCUACUGUCGGUCUCGACGAGGCGGACAGCGAGGAGGAAAGCGGUGAGGGCACAACGAGUGCGACGGACGGCGACGACGACGGCGAGGAGGGCGGGCUCGCACGACUGCAUCGCAAGCUGCUGCAGCAGCGCAGUGCAGCGAGCACAGGGGGAGGGUCCACGUCCGCCACUCAGGCCGGUCCCUCUUCGUUGUACGGCGAAGGCGACGCUGGCGGUGGUGGCGCGAGGGCCUUUCAUCAGGCGCUGCUCUCGCAGAUGCCGCCGCUGCCCACGCAGAAUACGAGCACUGACGCUGCCACCGCUGCUGCGUCCACGAAGUCAUUAAAAGACGGUGUGGAGAGACGUUUAGAUGAGGAGGGGAGCAGCAGCAACAACGAUCGCGGUCCUCCUGUGCGCGUCGAUGCACCCCCUUCGUCGGCGUUGCAGCGAGCGCCACUUUUGUUCUCCGUGGAGCGCGUGCGUGCCGGAGCUGUGACGCUGCGGCCGCUCCUAGACGAGGCCGAGGAGGGCGUUGCGGCGGAGACACAUAUAGUUUCCACAGACGACGUUCCACGUGUGCUGGUACUAGACGGCGGUCAGCUGUCCGCGACGGAGCUGACGAUGCUGCUGGACGGCUCCCACGCUGCGCUGGCCUUCGACGUGCCCACCACACCAACGGAGUGUCUGGGCAGGAUGACGAGCGCUGACGGCGGAGACGGCGCACCCGCCGCGGAGGCCCGCCUGGAGGUGCAGCGAGUGAUUGUGACGUCUCAGCGGCUCUCCGUCCUGCGGCAACUGGAGAUGGCGCAGGACGAGCUGCCGGCGGCGUGUCUGCGAAGACUCAAAGUGCAGCUCAUCACGACCAGCCUGGCCGACGCUGACUUCAAGAAAACAGUGCAGGCGGAGCAGCUGGCGUUUGAAAGCCUGGCCCACACAAAGGCAACGCUGACGGGGACGCUGCUCGUUGACCAGUCCUCCCUGCGGCAGACGGAGGAGGCGCUGGAGAGCGGGUUGCUGAUGGCACGUCGACGCGGCAUCGUCCGCCACGGCAGCACCGUCGCUCGGCUCAGCGGUCGAUUUUAUACCGACAGAAGCACCACGGCCACGUGCGCCUCCCCGCCCUGCGUCAUCUUCGACGAGCGCGAGUUCCGCUCCACGCUGCCGUACCACCUAUUCCGGCGCGGGGUGGACCUCGUCCCCUUGACUCUCACCACAGCCGACUACGUCCUCUCCCCCGAAUACGCGGUGGAGCGGAAGAGCGUCUUGGAUUACCUCCAGUCCGUCCUGUCCGGCCGCAUUCAACACCAACUCGCCGCGCUGUCACGCAAGUACAGCCACCCGCUGUGCCUCAUCGAGUUCCACCGCGGCAUUCCCUUCCGCCUGCUGCAGAGCCGCAUCUACGGCCGCACCGCGAAGCUCAUGGCGAAUUACCCGCGCGUGUCGUACGUGUGGGCGCGCAGUCCGGCCCACGCGGCUGGCAUGCUGGUGACGCUCAAGAAAUCCGUCGCGACGGCGAACGCGGACCCGAGCGAUCCGUCGCUCACGGGCAGCGCGAUGAACCCCGGCAGUGCGGGCGAGGCGGGCGGGCUGGCGGCCUCCGCGGCGGAGCGGGAAGCCGCGCACUACGCCGCCCGCGUGCUGUCGCGGUUCCCCGGCAUCCACCACCAAAAUGCGCCUCGAGUGAUGCAGCUGUGCGGCUCUCUGAUCGGUCUCGCCACCAUCUCGCAGUCGUCGCUGGCGACGGUGAUGGAUGCGGAGGACGCUGCACGGCUGUACGAUUUUCUUCACACGCCGUUCCACGAACGCGUGGAUUGA